CAUUGAGUGCUUGCUUACACGUCAAACGAUUUGCUGGGUUUUAUGAUAAAAUGUUCAUUAUUUAUCGCUAAAACUGGUUGAAUAAAUAAUUUGAAAGUGAAGAUAAUAAAAAUAAAAACAUUGGGAACAUUUGAUGUGCACACACAACUCAAAAUAAUUCCUUAGACGUAACAACUAAUGCAUUAAAAUAGGCUAAGCUUAUCAGAAAAUGGGUGGUCUAUUCAGUUACUUCAGAGGGUUGUUAGGGGCGCGAGAAAUGAGGAUUUUGAUCCUCGGCUUGGACGGUGCCGGGAAGACGACGAUAUUGUACAAACUGCAAGUCGGGGAGGUGGUGACGACCAUACCAACCAUUGGAUUUAACGUAGAACAAGUCACAUAUAAGAACUUAAAGUUUCAAGUGUGGGAUCUUGGUGGACAGACCAGUAUCAGGCCCUACUGGCGAUGUUAUUAUGGGAACACGGAUGCAAUAAUAUAUGUAGUAGAUUCUGCAGAUAGAGAUCGAAUAGGAAUAUCUAAAGAUGAAUUGGUACACAUGUUGAGGGAAGAGGAACUAGCCAAUGCAAUACUAGUGGUCCUGGCGAACAAGCAGGACAUGGCAGGCUGCCUGACUGUGGCCGAGGUGCACCAGGCACUGGGCCUCGACGCGCUACGUGACCGCACCUUCCAGAUCUUCAAGACUUCUGCCGUGCGCGGGGAGGGACUCGACCAGGCGAUGGACUGGCUCUCCAAUGCACUGCAGGCUCGGAAAUAACACCUAUAGGAUGCGUAUAACUGAAGAGGCCACGUGAUACAAGAAGGCUUGAUGUGUGCGUGCGCGAUGGACAGACAUACCAUAGUCACAUGUAACGCCAUUAGUUUUAGCAUUCUACGUCGUCGCCGGUACACAUUCACAUUGGCUAGUCGGACGGAACAUUAUCAAGCUUUCUGGCAAAUAAACCAACAUUAUUGGUGAUGUACUCUAUUAUUUAGUAUUAUUUAAAUUGGUCAAAUAAGAGUUUAAUUUUAAAACAUCAAUGUACUUCAAUUUAUUAGCUCUACAAGAUACAAUUCACGGCUUAAGUGUGAUAUUACUGUAACUGACAAACAAACAUGUAACAUCUUAGAAAUAAAACUUGAUAUGAACUCAAAAAGUAUUACACACUGUAUCAUCUUGAAGGCGGUCGCCCAGUGACACAUAUUAAAUGGUAUCCACACUUAUGUUCAUGCACCCAAUGCAAUCUAUGCAAGUGACGCAACAAAACAUAGCAAGCAAAGAUACAGUUGGGUCUCGAUACACACUAUGGCCCAUACUAUGAAAUCGUAGCAUUGUCCAAGCAAGCGUCCAUAGUCGAACGCUCUAAUAUAGACAUAUCUAACUAAUUUAUACCCGAGGCUUUGCCCGCGACUAUUAACCUAUGUCCUUUCUAUAAUUGGGAUGUAUGUAUUUUGAUAUAAUUGGUACAUACUCCCAAUUGAUUAUCCCAUAUCCCAAUGCAGGAUUGAUUGAGUACAUAAAGCUUAAAGAGGUAACAAAAAAACUUACUUUCGCAUUUAUAAUAUUAGUUAGUUGGGAUAGCAUGCAUACUAAAAUGACUAUGUCAACGUUAUUCUAUGUGGCUUGUAAUUACUUAAUACUAUAUACAUGUGUUAGUUAGUUAUUUAUAUAAAUGAAUUGUCAUGCCAGUCACACGUUGCAAAAUAACAAUAUUGAUAACAUGGUGCCACAUUAGUUCAACCUUUUGACCGCCAGUCUUAUGUAUGAAUGAGAAGUCACAAAGGGCUCAGCACGCUACUGUCACGCUAAAUGACAAAAUUUUAAACGAACAUAAGUUUUAACUUUCUUAUUUCUUUUCUAAUUUUUAUUUGUAUUAAUUUAUAUUCUUUAUUUCUUUAUAUUUCUUCUACAUUUACGUAAGAUGAUUGAAACUUAUGCAAAUCCUAAAAAAACUAUUUAUGAAUGAAUUUUUAGUUUGGCACUUAGGGCAUGUCUUUGCUCUUUGACGUGGCGGUCAAAAGGUUAAAAUGUUCUUGUUUGAAUCCUACAAAAAGGAAGGGUUUGAGAUGCUACUUAUACUUUAGUGCUCACCACAAAUGCAUUAGUCUAGAGAAAGAUUCCAGGCCCGUGUUCACAGCGCAACCACAGCGAAACUUAUUUAAACACUGAAAGUAUCUGUAAUAAGCCAAAGUGUACUUAGGGACACUUUUAAAGAAGAAUAGCAAGUUCAAAGCAUGAUUUAUAUUCUUUUACAUGAAGGUUUUUGAUUUUGUUUUUACCAGUUGGCGCUAGUGUCGCUUUAAGUCCUAUUAGCAAGCAGCUUAACGUUCAAACAUUGGCUGAUAUGCAAAUGUUCAGAUGUUUGAAAACAAUAGCACAUGUGUUUGUCUUUGAUGGGUAAUAUUUCUGUAAUAAUUGUAUGUUUGAGUUGUUUUUCUGUCUAAGUGUCCAAGCCCUUAAAGCAAGUUGCUUUUCUAAGGCGACGGCGGAUUCUAUGUAAAAACAAAUUGUUUAGUAACGGGAUCGCGUACGGCGGCGGGUGUACCUAUACAUAAGUUAUUAUUAAUUAAUGAUUACUAUUAAUUAUUAUAUAUUUUGUAUCAGUGACGUUCACCAAGCUAUAAUUUAUAUUAUUAUGCGGUAAGAGAGAAGAUUGUUCCAAAUACAAUAUCAUGUAUUAUU